GGAGAGAAGAGCAGCUCCUGGGAUUGAAGCAGAGCCAGAGGCCGAGGGAGCCCGAGAGCCCGCGGAAUAAGGAGAUGCCGCUUCACCCCAGCCUGAGCGCCCUGCAGAGCAGACAACGGGUCAGGACCUGUGGCUCUGCACGGGUGGAGGGGAGAGAAGAGGAGGCACAGCGCCCGGGUCCAGCUCUCCCUCCUGUCCCCUGGACCCAGCUCCCUGCCACUUGGGACCCCAGAGCCAAGUGAGGUGAAGAAGACUGGAGACCCGGGUUCCCCUGAGCUAUCCUGGUCUUCAAGGAACACCAGUGGGGCAUCAGGUCUGAACACAGGAGUCACAGAGCUGACUGGAGGCCUUACAGAAGGCUUCUUGGAGGCGGCGAGACCCACCACACUAAUUGGACUGGCCCUAGCAGGCGAAGGUGCAGUGAAAUCAGGACGCCGGUCAUCAGCGCCCUGACAUGGGACAGGAGGAAGCGGGGUGAGGGGCCGCGGAGGCUGGGCCAUGACGCCCCGGGAGAAGCGAGGGCUUCCCGCGGCCGGGGCGCGCCGCCUGCCCUCGCAGGCCCUGUGCUGCGCCUGCGGCCUGUGCGCGCUGCUGGCGGGCGUGAACGUGACGCUGGCGGGCACCUUCUUCUCCCUGCUGCCCGGGCUCAACGCGUCGCUCGUCGUGGGGCCGUCGCUGAUGGUGCUGGGGCUGGGCUUCUUCGCCGCCUGCUGCGCGUGUAGCCUCCGCGGCUCGGCGGCGCACGCCCGUCGGGGCGCGGGGCCGGUGGCGCUGGAGCUGGAGAGCAGCGAGCGCACGGCGCAGGACACCACGGCCGUGCCGCUCAGCCCCGCCGCCUCGGCCGCCUCGUCGGGCCACUCCAGCCCUGGCCCCUUCGCCCUGGACGUCCCGGCGCCCGCAGCCGCCUGCGCGCCGCGCGCCCCGGGCCCCCCGCGCGACCUUCCCCGGGAGCCGCGCACCCCCUAGAGCACCGCCUGCCGCCCAGCCUGCUGCCACCUCAAAGGGACGGAGGAAAGAAAGAACAAGAACCGUUCCCAGAGGGCGGUGCUCGGCCCAGAGACCUCACUGGUUCCCCUUCGGCAGUAUGGGGCGGGGUGGAGGAGGAUGAGGUGCGGCGGCACAGACUCCCCAAAGCAGGGAGCAGAGUCCGACCUACAUUCACUGCACUCCCCAAACCUGGAUGAAGCUGGACUCUGGAACUGCAGACGCUGCGCCCCACCUUCGUCCUGAGACUGAGUCGGGCUGCGGGAGGGACAGCAGCGCCUCCAACGUGGGAGGAGAAAGGGAGAAAGGGCGCUGCACCCAGGCAGGAUCACCCGCUCCCCGCCCAGCCUCUGCCCUCCGCCCGUCUGCACCCAGUCGUGACCUUGGGAUUGGGGGGCGGGGUUAUGGACGGUAAGGCGGAGCCCAGGCCUCUGUAGCGCAGGUGGGUUCCCC